UACAAGUGUGAGAUUUAUUUAGUGAUAACAGAUGGAACACCAUUCAUCCAAUGGUUAAAUCAGCACAGUUAACCACGCAUAGCCACAUUGCUUAUGGUCAGGACAUUAGCCAUAAGGGUUUCGAAAUUCAGCUGCAGGCUUCACUGGAGGCUUCACCGGAGGCUUCGAGGGUUCGGAUGCAGGCUUCACCGGAGGCUUCGGGGGUUCGGAUGCAGGCUUCACCGGAGGCUUGGGGGGUUCGGGUGCAGGCUUCACCGGAGGCUUCGGUGGUUCGGAUGCGGGCUUCACAGGAGGCUUCAGUGGUUCGGAUGCAGGCUUCACCGGAGGCUUCGGGGGUUCGCCUGCAGGGAACUCUUCAGAAGGCUCCAGCAGUCCAGUGGAAGUCUCCAGAUCAGGCAUUUCAGCGGAAGGAUCCGGCUCUUCAAAGGAAGGCUUUGUCUCAUGCUCCGGCAGUUCAGCAGAAGGCUCCGGUUCAAGCAGUUCGUUGGAAGGCUCCGGGGUUUCGGCUCCAGGCUUCACCGGAGGCCUCGGGGGUUCGGCUCCAGGCUUCACCGGAGGCCUCGGGGGUUCGGCUCCAGGCUUCACCGGAGGCCUCGGGGUUCGGCUCCAGGCUUCACCGGAGACCUCGGGGGUUCGGCUCCAGGCUUCACCGGAGGCCUCGGGGGUUCGGCUCCAGGCUUCACCGGAGGCCUCGGGGGUUCGGCUCCAGGCUUCACCGGAGGCCUCGGGGGUUCGGCUCCAGGCUUCACCGGAGGCCUCGGGGUUCGGCUCCAGGCUUCACCGGAGGCCUCGGGGGUUCGGCUCCAGGCUUCACCGGAGGCUUCGGGGGUUUGCCUGCGGGGAACUCUUCAGAAGGCUCCAGCAGUUCAGUGGAAGGCUCCGGCAGUUCAGUGGAAGGCUCCGGUUCAGGCAGUUCGGUGGAAGGCUCCGGGGGUUCGGCUCCAGGCUUCACCGGAGGCCUCGGAGGUUCAGCUCCAGGCUUCACCGGAGGCCUCGGGGGUUCGGCUCCAGGCUUCACCGGAGGCCUCGGAGGUUCGGCUCCAGGCUUCACCGGAGGCCUCGCGGGUUCGGCUCCAGGCUUCACCGGAGGCCUCGCGGGUUCGGCUCCAGGCUUCACCGGAGGUUCGGCUCCAGGCUUCACCGGAGGCCUCGGAGGUUCGGCUCCAGGCUUCACCGGAGGCCUCGCAGGUUCGGCUCCAGGCUUCCCCGGAGGCCUCGCGGGUUCGGCUCCAGGCUUCACCGGAGGCCUCGGGGGUUCGGCUCCAGGCUUCACCGGAGGCCUCGGGGGUUCGGCUCCAUGCUUCACCGGAGGCCUCGGGGGUUCGGCUCCAGGCUUCACCGGAGGCCUCGGGGGUUCGGCUCCAGGCUUCACCGGAGGCCUCGGGGGUUCGGCUCCAGGCUUCACCGGAGGCCUCGGGGUUCGGCUCCAGGCUUCACCGGAGGCCUCGGGGGUUCGGCGCCAGGCUUCACCGGAGGCCUCGGGGGUUCGGCGCCAGGCUUCACCGGAGGCCUCGGGGGUUCGGCUCCAGGCUUCACCGGAGGCCUCGGAGGUUCGGCUCCAGGCUUCACCGGAGGCCUCGCGGGUUCGGCUCCAGGCUUCACCGGAGGCCUCGCGGGUUCGGCUCCAGGCUUCACCGGAGGCCUCGCGGGUUCGGCUCCAGGCUUCACCGGAGGCUUGGGGGGUUCAGAUGCAGGCUUCACCGGAGGCCCCAGGGGGUUGGCUCCAGGCUUCACUGGAUGGAUACAGAUAG